GUGAUUUGAUGUGUGAUACUGCUGGGCGACCCGUAACUGGGGAGCAGCGGGAUGAGUCGUGAGAGUGGGAGCAGUGGAGCUAGCGGCUCUGCCGGACCGGCUGGUGAUAGCGGUGGCGGUAGGAGUGGUGGUGAUGGCACUCGACCGAGUUCCGAUAACUGGAUGGCGGGGCGCAUGUGUUUCAGACGAGGUGACCCGGAUCACUUCCGGAACUUCUGUGAGGACUAUCAGGACGCUAAGAAGAGGGGUAUACCUUUCAUUCCCCCACCGCAGGUGCGAGGUGGCCGGACUAUGGUGACUGGUCAAGACCGAAGGAGCAUGUCCGCCGAUAGCACAUUUUGGAGGCGUGGGAGUGAUACCGAUGGCCUCAUGCGCGAAUAUUUCCUACAGAAAGCACAGGAGAGGAGGGAGCGCCUGGAGAGGGAAGCGAGGGAGGAAGACGCUUGCAAGGAAGAAGCGCUGCGGAAGGAGGCCGAAGCAAAGCGAUUGGAGGAGCUUGCGGAGAAACGUAGGUACGAGGAUGAACGGGAUGCUAGACUGAUGCGCAUGGUGCGUGAGGAGGUACUCCGUGGGAAAGAAAAGGAGGAGUGCGCACCGAUGGCGAGAAAGAUCGUGAAGACUAUUAAGAUGAAUGAACGUGGUGAGACGCUGGAGGAAAAGGAGCGGUUGAGGCGGCUGAUAGCGACAGUGGAAGCAGAGGACGAGGAAGUCGAGGAUGAUGAAUUGCUCAGAUUGCGCCGAAGAGCUGUUGGGCUUAGCCUGAAUGAUAAAAGGAAGCGUGGCAAGGAGAUUGCAGUGGGCGAUAGCCCCCCGAUGGUUAAAUCCAUGAAGGGGCAGCGUACUGGCCUGUCCUAUGGUGUGAAGUCGCGUAUUAGUGAGAUUUGCGCCGAUAAGGGCGUUGGGGCGGGCUGCUCGAUGGGUAUCCUUGAACCCGUGGGUAAGAUCUCUUUGUCGCUUAAACAUGUGACGGCUGGCACCGGGCCUGGCGAUAAGGAGAAGUAUGAGGCUGAAUGCCGUGAAUUGUUCGAAGCACUAACCGUGGAUGAACUGAAGGACGCGUGUAAGGCUGAGCGUGUUGUGUAUGGGAAGCGUGACAUAGCAAUCAAUCGGUUGGAAAAAAGACGGGUCGUGAAGGCGUACGAUCCCGUUAACGUGCCUCUGCCGGUGUCCCUGAGGGUGGGGCUGCAGCGAUCGUGCAGGGGUGAUGCGGACAAGGACAACGAGGAGGCAUCCGAUAACGGUGGGCGGAUUUGGUCGGAUGGACGGCGCGUGAUACGAAGACUGUGCGGAGAAUCCCGCGUUGCCACGGGAAAACGAACUACACCGCUUAGGAAGUGCAAAGGUUUGCUGGAAACGGAAGGACGGUUGUUGCUGCGUCACAUUGUGGAGGCGUCACCAAGGACGUUGAAGCUGAAACAGGAGCUGAUUGGUAUGUUCAAGAACAAGGCGAAGCGACUGAAGCUUUCGACAAAAUCGAUAGAUGAGCUGGUGUACUACUACGGGGCCGCGAAACUUUUCUGGGAGAAGAGGAGUCGUACCAAGGCGAGUAAGAUGUUGUUCGAUGUUUGUAAGAAGAGGUUUGGUAUGAGCAUUAGAAGGCGGAUCAUGGUGAAGGUCGAGUACGAUGACAGGAUAAGGAAGAGUGAGGUCGUGAGGCUCGUGAGGAGUGGGGUGGGCAGACUGCAGCUAACCCGACCUGUGUCGGAGAUGGUGCGAAGACGCACCCGCGUUGUCUGGACACGUAGCCAGAACGUGGGCGAAAUUAUCCAUAAUCACCGCCGAUAUGCGGCGGAUGGAGUCUUCGGGUGCACAAGCGCCGAUAUGCCCUUCCCUUGUUUGGAUGGGCACGUCCAUUUCCGCAUAGGCGAGCUGGCGAGCUGUCCUAUCAUUGCUCGCAAUGCGACGAAUGUGCCUAGGGAUGGUAGUAAGGGAGUAGUGACAAGGCUGGCGAAGAAAUUGUCGAGUGGUGUGGAGGAUGUAGGUUGGUUGGGUAAAGGGAUUGGCAGGAUCAGUUUCUCGCCGGGAGAGAUUCAACGCUGUGUAACUAGAUCGGAUGGGCAGGAUGUCAGCGAUCUGACCGAGGUGAGACAACUGGCAGUGCAGCUUGAGGGUCUGGUGCGGGCGCCCCUGGAUAGGAACCCAGGCGACACACUGGUUAUGUGUCCAUUCAUUUACGGGAGGGCGAUGAAGACAACCUUUGAGGGUAGUGAUGGCUACGAAAUAUGUGCGAGGAUGGAGGAGGCUAUUUUGAGUGAAUGCUAUGACGAAUUUCGUAGACGAGAUUUUGACCAACUUGGGAAAUGGGAAGCGGAAGGUAGACUUGGUAAUGCUUACGCUAUAUCAAAGCACAAGGAUACGGCGAAGUACAGGCCAAUCUGCCCGACGUUUCGCGAACCUUGUAACGGUGUUUGUAGGAAAGUUGCGCGAGAUGUCAAUGGUAUGCUGUUUGCCUUGCCCGAGAGCGGGCAUUUCAAUUUGAAGUCGAUUUGUGGGUUGCGACCUCGACUGGGAUCCGUUAAUCGGAAGAUGGCUUAGAUAGGCAAGUAUUCACGGGUGUUAGUAGGGUCGUACGAUAUUAAGGAUAUGUUUAGUAAGUUGCCGCACGA